AAUUACGAGACCGCAAAAAAAAUGACAAAAUUCGAUUCCAGACUCACUGAUGCAGAAAUGAAAAACAUGUAUACCAAAGAAUUAGUAACAGCUUACAGAAAAAGAGGCGAUUGGUACUUUGAAAAUGGCAUGUUGUUAGAAACAUUGAGCGACUACGAACAGAUUUUUCAGUUGAAAGUAGACGACACAGUGCUGAACGAUAUGCAAGUAGGAAAUCGUAGUUUUCCUUAUUUCUUAUAGUUAAAAAUAUUGUAAUUUGUACAUCGAUAGGACAAAUUAUUGAAACUUCUACGUAAACUAGACAAGUAUGAGAUGUUUCAACGUUACUGGGAUGAAUUUCUAACGGAUUUUGAUCCCAUAAGAACAGCCGCUCUACUUUCGUUGCAUGCUGAAUAUAAGAUUUAUCUGAAACAAAUGGCGAUUGCUAGGCACAUGUUGCUCAAAGCUCUUGAUCUUGACGAAAAUAACGUUGAAGCUCAAGAAUUGCUGAAAGUUUGUAUCUUUUUUACGACAAAAAAAUUUAACUUUUACUUUCGAAGAAAAAUCUGUUUUACCGUAGCUUUCGAUCGGUAACCUUAUCGUAUAUUCUUUACAAUAGCGUAUGCAUACAUCACCUAUAAAGAAAGACAACAUUUAUGUUACAUGAUAAAUUCUAAUACAUUUAUAGAUCGUGUAUAAUACCGGUCAUACACUGAUAACUUACACUGUCAUAUGGUGCAUGCACGGUUGUUACGACAAAGCUUUGGUGACAACUGAAAAAGCGCUUGACUGUAAUCCAUACAAUCCAGGAUUCAUUUUGCUAAAAACUAUUGCCUUACGAUUAUCCGGUCGACUGGACGAAGCGAUUACGUGGUUAGAAAAUGUUAGCAAAAAUUUUUACAAAUUGCUCGAACCUCGGGAUACCCAAAAUUCAAUCGUGGGAAAACUUUCGAUCAAAGAAGUUAAGAAUGAAUUAAUCAAACAAUGGUACUUGAUACGAUACGACAAGGCGAUGAAAUGUAUAUUAAACGACAAACUUGAGCAUGCAGCGCGUAUCAUCUACGAAAGCCAACUAACUAAAUAUUACAUGGAACCGUACAUAACUCUAGGUGACAUUUAUCUUAAACGUGAUAAUGUUGAUUUAGCGUUGAAAUCGUACCUCAAAUGUCAUGAAAUGAUACGUGAACUGCAUCUGUCUCCUUCUCGAAAAACUAUCGAUCUUACCGCAAGGAUAAUCGAUAUUUUGAACAAUCGAGCGCAAGAGGCGGUAAACGAGGGACGUUUGAAAGAUGCGAUCAAUAUAACCGACAAAGUACUUCAGAUACUCGAUGGAAAUCAAACAGAAUUACAUCAGUUGGGUGCGCAACGUGGUAAUGCGCUUCUUUGUAAAGCUCGUAGCCUUUUCCAAAUUGCUAUAAAGAAAAAAGAAGAAAAUAAAGAAUGCUGUGAAAUAGCAGCGGAUAGUUUGAGAUUUGUUCGGGAACCGAAUCACGCGGGUCUAUAUCGAACUUUGUACGGCGAGACAGGUAUCGAAGAUGUAAUCGAUCGAUUCGCGCCAAAAAGAAAGCUACCUAAAUCAUUAAAAAUUCUCAUGCAAUUUUCUUAAUUUUUUUUUUAUUAUGAUGCACCGCAUAAAGGUUUUAUUUAAAGAUUAUUGAAAAAAGAAAAAAAAUAUCAAGAUUUAAGAUUAAGAUAUUCGAACUUCUAAUGCAUCAAUAAUAAAACUUGUUUUACUGGUAAUAAAUCAAUUAACUUACCGGAU